AUGUCCUCCCAGUGGCUUCCGCGUCUUUCUUUCCUCCAAUCACUUCGCCAGUCUCACUUUACUCUGCCUGUGCGCCCAGAGUUUCUGGCUUCAUCUGCCUUCCAAUUUGUUAAUCCGCGCCAUCAUGUAAUAGCCACGGAUAAUGUUACUCAGACAUUCCCAGAGUCUGUGGUUGCGGGGCUAAGCGAUGAGGAAGCACUGGCGUUAUUCACCCGUGGGUUCUUUGGCGGCUUCGUCUUUGGGCUUGAGAGAUCUGUCCUACGAAUGGGGGGCUGGAAUUUGCUGCCAGCGCGGUACACGGGUUUCGAAGGAGAUCCACACGCAUCCCAGAUCUGGAAUAUUUCCGAGCUUCCCCGAAAUCGUCUUCUCCCUGUCGGUAGCACCCUUUUCGGGUCAUUUAAAGUGAUGGACAAGCAAAUAGAACCGGAAUCAUCGGACCAGCGGGCCAGUUACGUGGAUUAUGGGUUUGGCUCGGACGAGUUCACGUUUGCAGGCUGCCACCGUUUCCAAAUCACUCGAUCGCCGCGCAUAGGCGCUGAGCCCCUGGUGCAGUUCGAGCUACAGCACUUCCGUUGUAAUCCUCAAAAAAACGAACCAUCAGUGGCGGAAUACAUUGCGUGGUUCCAUUAUGUCUAUGCGAAGUCGCUGUUUGGAAAUGCAGUCCAGUCCGUUCUAUUACGGUAA